AUGGAAUUGGAAACCCAACAUUCUCAGCUUCCCGAAGAAGACCCUAACAACAAUUACCAAGCCAAUGUUGACACCUCCAGACCCUUCCGCUCCGUCAAAGAAGCCGUGGCCAUCUUUGGCGACCGCCUCCUUCUUGGAGAAAUGUACUCAUCCCCCAUGCCUCAUGGCAACAAUAUUGUCCAAAGAACUCCUUCAUCGUCAUGGAAGUUGUCGCCGAUGCCGGCUAAUUAUAAAGAAAGCGAAGAUGUUAGCAGUUAUGGUGAUGAGGAGGAGAAUGCAGGUGAUAAAGUAGUUAUGGAUACUCUUAAGAAGCUGGAGGCUGAGCUUGAGGAGACAAAGGUGGAGCUGAAGUUGCUGAAGGAGAGAGAGUCUGAAACCGAGGUGGCGUUGGCCUCCUUGAACGCAGAGCUUCACAAGAACAUGUCCAAGUUGGCUCAGGCUGAGGCAAAUAAUGCAGCAAUGGCUAGCAAUGUACUGCAUGUGGCUGCAAGAUCAUCGCCAUUUACCGGUACCAAUCAUGGUUUGAUGAUGGAGGAAGAGAAGAACAAGAGGGAGUGGAUGAUAAGGAUGGAGGAUUCUACCUCUUUGGCUCAGAUAUUGAGCAUUGGCACUCAGAAAAAUGGCGGAGGAAAAAGAGAAAAGAAAAUAAUGAAGAAGAAGCCUAUUGUCCCUCUUGUGCAAGAUCUGUUUUUCUGGAAAAAAGGAUCUUCAACUCCUCUUCGUAACCCUCUUUUUAAUUCUUCUCCACAGCUCUACUAUUGA